GGGGUCUUUCCGCCGCCGUGCGGCACAGCAGCGCUGCAUUGCGAUGCUCUGAAGCGCCCGCCCUCCCUCAUUCACAUGCUCAUCAUGGAGGAAUAACAGGUACCUGCCUUACAGAGAGAGGAGGACAGGCAUAUUCCCAUUCCCAGCGACAUCUUGAAACUUGUGUUUUGUGCAGGCGGUCAGACCAUCUGCGAAUGCGAGAUAUAACGUUACAGUUGUAGCAAAGCAGACAAUCACGAUGAAGCAUUUUCUAAGGGUACUGACCCAGUUGCUGGUGUUCUUGUACUGUAAGUGUUUGUGGCGGGGUCUGAAGUUUGUCAUCAGGAAGGUGACAGGACGAUGUGAGCUUCAACGCAUCUGUUACAAUAACAAACCUGGUGCUCGAAGGACGCUCAAGAUUGAAUCCUCACUUAAAUGUUCUAAACAUGAGCUUUUGCAGUCUGCCGUCAGCGUUCACCCAGAUUCUGUAGAGAAAACUAUUGAUGAUAUUUUGUCCCUGAAAAAGAUCAACCUUGACACUAACCCACAGCUUGGCAUCUCUCUCCAGGCUUGCCUUCUUCAGAUUGUAGGUUACCGAAACCUAGUAGUGGAGGUGGAGAAGCUGCGUAGAGAGCCAUACGACUGUGAAAACCCAACACAUGAAGAGAUGCUCAUGAAGCUGUGGAAGGAACUCCGUCCUGAUUCUCCUCUCUCUGGACGCAUCUCCAAGCAAUGGUGUGAGAUUGGUUUCCAAGGAAACGACCCCAAGACUGAUUUCAGGGGCAUGGGUCUCCUGGGCUUGCACAACCUACUGUAUUUUGCAGAGCAUGAUAAAGCCACCGCUCUCCAAGUUCUUCAUGACUCAUUGCAGCCCAAACACAGUAAGAUGAGCAAAGCUGAGUGGGACAAGAAAAAAUUUGACAAAGCGAUUGGAUACUCCUUUGCCAUAGUUGGCAUUAACAUCACAGACCUGGCAUAUUCCCUGCUGGUGAGCGGGGCUCUGAAGACUCAUCUGUACAAUGUGGCACCAGAGAUGCCAAGUCUAGUGCACUUCCAACAGACUUUCUGUUAUCUGAUGCAGGAGUUCCACAGGUUCUGGAUUGAGGAAGAUCCAUGUGACAUCAUGGAGUUCAAUCGUGUGCGCACCAAGUUCUACAAGCGCGUCCUGAAGCAGCUGAAGAACCCUGACAUGGCACUGUGUCCUCACUUCACGGCCUCUGACCUUCACCUGGUCAACCUGUAGCUUCUCACUCAUCUCAACUCUUGUGACACUUCACCUUCUCAUCCUUAAAGCCCAUGUCUCAUUACUGCCAACUGCUUAGCCGGUCUUUUUCUCACACAUUCUCUCACCAAUGUCUCCUUCAGCCCAUCUGACCAGAAGCAACUGAAGAUCACCAGCACUGCUGAAGACCAUGUUGAUUGUACGUGCGCAUGGCAACAGUGCACCUCCUUACAGCUUUCACAAUGAUUGUGAUAUUUACAGCUACUGUAUGCUGAAGUCUUAAUCAGCAUCUGAAUGUGGAUCGGAGGGAAAUCUCUCCUGAUAAGACAGGGCUCCCUAUCCACCAGUAGGUAGAGCUGUUGGUGCAUAUUAGGUAAGACAGUGAGCUUCAGGCAUGCGAGAGUUUCUACCCACAUCCACCGCAGAAGGCUGCACUGAUACCAGGCACACUUAGAAACAGGUGGCCCUUGUUUGUAUACAGUAUACUUUUGGAGCUGUUAUAUGAAGGAUAACCUUUCUUUACUUAUUGUGAAUCUGUUAAAGGAAUAUUCAAGGUUCAGUACAAAUUCAGCUCAAUCAACAGUACUUGUGGUAUAAUGUUGAAUAUCACAAAAAAAAAAAAAAAUAUAUAUAUAUAUAUAUAUAUAUAUAUAAUGGAUGUUUCUGGUUUACAGUGAGGCACUUACAAUGGAAGUGAAUUGGGCCAAUUUGUAAACAUUAAAAUUCAAUAGUGUAGCCACAAGAUUUAAACAAUAUACAUGAUAACACAAUACUAACCUUUUCUGUCAAGUAUUUUCCAAUUUUAUAACAUUUUUGCCAUGACAACCAUAAAACAACUGUAAAUACAAUGGGGCCGUUUACACGACACCGUUUUCAACUAAAAACGGAAAACUUUUUAUGCGUUUUGGCCAUUCAUUUACAUGACAACGACGUUUUGGUGGUCUGAAAACGCAAACUUUUGAAAACGGGUUUCAAAGUGCAAGUUUUUGAAAACGGUCUCCGUGUGAACAACAGAAACGCGAAUCUGUGAAAACGUCGACGCCGUGCACAUGCGCAUUACACGUUCAGUCUAUAGUGUUUCAUCGCCAUCUAAUGGCCGGACAGCAGAAUACAGAGUUUUUAGUCAUUUUCACGGAUUCGUAUGAAUGAGGAUCGUUUUGACAAUGGUGUCUGUACGCGGAAAACUCAAAGGAAAAACUUCUCCGUUUUAAGCAUAUCGUUGUCGUGUAAACGUGCCCUUAAACGGCUUGACAACUCAGAAAAUACGUUUGAACAGAAUAAUAGUACUUUUAUAAUAUUAGAAGCUUCAAUUUUAUUUUAAGAAAACAAAUGGAAGAGUCAACAUUAUUUUUGUGGUAAUCAACAUUUCCAACAGAUGCUGUCAGUUGAGCCUUACUUGCGUUGAACUCGGAAUAAUCCAUUAAACUGAAAUUAUUUCUGCUUGCUGCAUUAACAGAUCAUUCAUAAGUUCAUAACUAUUAUCGUCACAAUCAUAUUAUGAAUUCUUCUAUCAAAUACUUACAUAGCCUACUUCAUGUUGCCAAGAAGCAGAGCUUAAAAUCAAAUAUUUACUUGCCAAAUAUGGUAGGAUAAUGUGUGUUUUGUGAAUGUUAUCAUGCAGAGCACAUGAUUGUUUUACAAACGUAUUAGUGUUGAUGUAAAAAAAAAAAAAAUAUAUGGAAUGUUCCAUUUUUCUGUUCUACAACCAAAGCAAUAAGUGACGUUUAGAACAGUUAGUAGAACAGUCUUGAUUUCUUUUGCACAGGUGGUGCCUCUAUUGUGUUACUAAGACACUAAUUAUAUAAUAAUUAAUGUACAAUCCUAAAGUUUAGGCCUAAGUGUGAGUAUUUCAGGCUUUUUUUGGUCUCUUCUGUAUUUCUUUAUCUUUUACAGUUGUCACAUCACAGAUGCAUGUUGCUCUUUUGUUUAUGUUUGUCCAUUAACCCUUUAACAUGAUGGACGGUCACAGGGUUUGCAUGAUGAUUUUGUUUUUGCCUGCAAAAAAAUUGUGUUAUCAGAAUGUCACUUAAUUUUAAUGUUGUUAAUCGGUGCAAUGAAUGUCUAUGCUACUGGCAGUGUUAAGCAGCUUCUUUUUAAUAGCUAUUGGUUGAAUUGUGUUUACACAGGAAUUUUAAUGUGUAAAAAGUGUCAUAUAUUUCCCAUUGCAGCACUUUUACAGAUAAAGCACUUGCUGUACAUAAAGCCUUAUAGGUGAAAUACAUCGAAACAUUAUUAAAGCUCUUCAUUACGCAUGGCUGAA